AUGGUAGAUGAUGAUUGGGCUACACAGAAGCCAUUGAUUCCCAUGUGUACUGAACUUACAGUAAUAGCUGAAAAGGGACAGGUGACUGGAACUGGAACUAAAACUGCAUCAACUGUUGAUUGGAAUGUAGUUGAAUUAGAUGAGCCUACUGAUUUGGUCAUUGCACCAAUACCUGACAUUGAGAUGGCCAAACUUUUUGGCAUUCCAGUCGAUGACAGAGAUAAGCAGGAGAGGGGUGAAUCUAGUUUGCCUGCUAAUGCUGAUGAAGAAGUAGAUGGACAGUUGAUGGAACAAGCUGCGGAUGAAGUAGAUGAUGCACAUGAUGAUGAGCUGGUGCAUGUGUAUGACAAAGAAAACCCUGUCAUUGAAGUAGGCAAGUUGUUCCCAAGCAUGAAGGAGUUUAGGAUGUGUUUCAAGACUUAUGCAGUGAAACAUGAGUUUGAUGCCAAGACUGUUUUGACUGGUAGAAAGAAGUUUUAUGCGAGGUGCAGAGGAUUUGAUGGUAGUGUGAAGCCUUGCAAGUGGUACAUAUCUGCUAGACUGCAACCUGAUGGAAGUACUGUCAGGGUUAACCAAAUCCCCAAUCAACAUACUUGUAUUACAAGUUCACAGAGAGUAUCAACCAUGACAUCACAACUUUGGGUUGCAGAAAAGAUCACCCCAAUUUUAGCCAAAACACCAAACACUACUGCCAAGAAACUCAAAGUAGACUUGGAAAAGAUGUACCCCAUUAAACUGAAAUAUACCACAGUGUGGAAGGCAAAACAAAGGGCAAUGAAAAAUUUAUAUGGUGAUUGGGAAAAUACAUUUAGGAUGCUUUACAACUUCAAAGCAGAGGUGAAAAAGAGGUCACCUGGCAGUGUUGUGGAGAUAGAUACAGAGGUAUCAGCCGAAGGUGAAGUCAAGUUCUCCAAGUUUUUUAUGGCUUUGAAGCCUUGCAUCGAUGGGUUCAAAGCAGGGUGCCGUCCAUAUUUGAGCAUAGACUCAUCAUUUUUGACAGGCAAGUGGAAUGGUCAGUUGGCAGCAUGCAAUGCUCUAGAUGGACACAAUUGGAUGUUUCCUAUUGCUGUUGGCUUGUUUCAGUCAGAAACAGAGGCUUCAUGGACAUGGUUCAUGAUCCAGUUGAAAAGAUGCCUAGGGCCAGUGUCACCUUUGGCUAUAGACACAGAUGCAUGUAAGGGGCUUGAAAAUUCAGUGAAAAAUGUUUUCCCAUAUGCUGAGCAGAGGGAGUGCUUCAGUAUUUGUGGAUGA